AGAAAGAUCGUGAGAGAUUUUCUAUUUCUUUAAUUAAUCACGAAUGCACUAAUAAAAAAAUCUGGUAUCAAGGGAGAUGCUAUCCGUCUUUGACUAUAAAUCUGAAGCCCAGAGGUCCAAGUAUGCAUUGCAAAAACAAGAGUAGAACAAAAUGGGUGGAAAGGGUUGGUUUCUGCUCAAGCUUCUAAUGUUCCAAGGUCUUUUCACUUCACGUCUUCAAGAUCCAGGCUUUGAUUUCUUUUACUUUGUUCUUCAGUGGCCAGGAGCCUAUUGUGAUACAAAGCGUGCUUGUUGCUAUCCAACAACCGGUAAACCAGCGGCAGAUUUUGGCAUUCACGGUCUGUGGCCUAAUUACAACGAUGGUUCAUAUCCAUCAAACUGUGAUCCCGACAGUGAAUUUGAUCCAGCUGAGAUAUCGGAUCUGGUAAGUACUAUGCAAACGAAGUGGCCAACACUAUCGUGUCCGAGCAACAAUGGUUCCAAGUUCUGGGAACACGAAUGGGAAAAGCACGGAACGUGUUCCGAAUCCGUAAUGGAUCAACAUAAGUACUUUGAGAAUACUCUUGCACUCAGAGAUAGAGUCAAUCUUCUUCAAAUCCUUCAAGACGCUGGAAUCAACCCAGACGACGAGUUCUAUGAUCUUCAAGAUAUUAAAAACGCGAUAAAAGAUGGGACUGGGUUUACUCCAGUAAUCCAUUGUAACAAAGAUCCGGAUAAAAACAGCCAACUUCACGAGAUCUUCUUUUGCGUCGAUACAUCAGGAACCGAGUUUAUCGAAUGUCCAAUUAUCCCUAGAGAUAGAUGUCCUUCUAAACUCCAGUUUGCUAUGUUUUAAUUAUAUCUUUCUUUGAGUGUUUUGUUAUAAACCUUUUCUAAUUUCUCUCUGUAUUUUCAGAAGCCGAAGUUCAUGUGGACUAAAAAUGUAAUGUCUUACAUGUUACUUAAUUUAUCUAAAAUUUAAUAAGACGAGCCUUGGUGUGAUAA